GCUUGUCCCAGUUUCCAGUUCGCUUUUCAUUUCGUUGUAGACAGAGAUUUGUAGAUUUUUUGGUAAUCCCCACGGGUCGUGCAAAUGCAUCAUUGAGUGUUGCGGGAAUAGUAUAUUGAAAGCGGCCAAGUGAUGUGCAAUCGACUACGUUCCAAGCCCAGACGACUAGCAACAGACGACGCCAACACCCACAGAAAUCAGCAAGGAGAGCGGCAGGAUUAUGAGAUCGCAUGUGGCCGUCUAUCGCGCGCCAGACAACGGGAACAUCCUCGCUGGACCAUUUGCUAGAUACCAUCAGCAUCAGCACCAGCAACAGCACUUGCACUGGGCCUCAACGCCGCCGGUUCCUCCCCCCACUUCAGCCGCCGCCUCCUGCUACAAUCAGCUACAGCGUCAGCGCCUGCAUCAUGGACCACACGUUCGCUGGACACCUGCUCAGGCGCAGACUCCACUCCCUCCAUCCCCUCAGCCAGUCGGCUACGGCAUUGGUCUGUCCAUACCGCCUGUAGUUAAUCAGCAGCGCAUCAACGAGUGCGCAGGAAUCCCACUCAUCUCGAACGCCUCCAGCCACUUGUCGCCGGGCCAGCGUCAGCGUUUGCUAAGGAAGACGGCCCCCAAGUCGCCACCAUGGCCCCCGACGGGGGUGCACACCAUGUCCCAGCUGGCGGCCCACGCCCAGGGAAUGCCGCUCCUCCAGCAGAACGGCAAGCAGAAUCUGCCACAACACCACCAGCCGCAACAGCAACAGCAGCACCAUCCCCCGUCGUGGAGUGCCUACCAGCCAAUGCCCCCAACCAGCCAAAGUUUCAAGCUGGCGGAUAAAUCUCGGGCCCUACGAUACCAGAACUCUGCUCCGCCCAUGCUCCAAAGCCAGGAGAGGCAGACGCUGGCUGGCAGUGCCACUAGCGGCCAGGAUGCCACACCGACGACGGAGAGCUGCCUGCCACGAAUCAUCAAGCCGCGCAAGCGCCGCAAGAAGGAUCGAAAGCCCGGCAACGGAGUCUUACUCAAGAUAGAACCGGAUAUGCAGAUGAAGGCGUCCGUCCAGGGAGAGGAGCAUCCAUACCACCAUCUACUGCCUCUGGGCGGAGGAGGAGGACUCCUGCAGCAUGAUCACACGCACGGCGUUUGUUUCUGCAGGGACUGCGAUCCGCUGCGAUCCCUGUGGGACUAUCAGGCACAGACACUGCAUCGCUCGCUCUCCGAUGCCUCGUCCAGCGAGCCGGGCGGUGGCAGUCGGGAAUCCUCUUCCUCCACCUCGUCCACGCACUCGUCGGACAGCUCCUGCGAUAGCUCCAUCUGCUCCCAGAGCCUGCCACCGACCUGCAACGCUCCCACUGUGCCGGAGGAAACCAUCGAGGAGUUUGCCCCCAUAACCGGGGACAGCAGUCGCGCGGAGAUUGUGGGAGUCAUUGGAUCGCAGCGCAGCCACCAAGUGGGUCAUGCCCAUGAGGGCGUUAUCACGACGCCCUCGCAGUGCAGUCUCAGCGAUGACUCGGGCUACGGCGAUAUCUUGAGUGGGAUUAACAUAGCCAACGAUCUCUUUGGCAACUUUGGCUUCAAAGGCAGGGCAUCAUCGGAAUCAUCCUACUCCUCCGCCUGUGCCCAGGCGGAGACGCUGCUCGACGAGAGCAUCAGCGAGAUAUCGAGGAAGCUCAUCGAGACGUGCAGCAGCAGUGCGUCAUCGUCGGGCGGAGAUCGGCACGGAUCGGUAUUGGGAUCGGGAGCCAGCGACAGUGGCUUGGAUAGUGCUGGCAGCUACAGUCGAGACUCUGGCCUCGUCUUUAGCUUUGAGCAUUUGAAUCUGAAUCUGAACCUGACGGAUGCGACGCCCACAUCUUUGGAUUUUCUUGUGGAUUGCAACAACAACAACAGCUGCGACAGCAACGAAAAGAGCAACAAUAGCAUCAGCAUGAGCAUCGACAAGGGAGGAGCAGCGUCACAGCAAUUUUAUAACAAUUGCUUUGGCCUGUUGUGGCAGCAGCAGCAGCAGCAUGGUGGAGGUGGAGGUGGAGGCGGACACGAUGACAGCCAAGUGGCAGCUGCCAAACCAAGCCAAAACCAAAACCAAGACCGAGACAGCCGCCGCGACACACCCACAAGCAGGCGGCUGAUACUGGGAACGUUGCACGGUAAAUUGAAGCCAGCAUUUUCCACCAUCUCGUGACGACGACAAUGAAAAACUAAUCAAAAAUCCAAAGCGACAAUCCCCUGGAAUAUAUAUAAUAACUGAAGGAAGGGAGGAGUCGCCGCCGUCGCCUUGCCCUUAAAAGGCAGGCGUUCGAAAGUCGUUCAUUUUGAAUGAGAGAGGGAGAGAGAUUGAUCCGCGCAGACGCAGCUGUGUGGCGGACGAUGCGUGGGUGCAUGGAAAGAAAAUGUAUAUUCAAAAAAUGUCAAAUUUCUACCAAAACAUCAAUUGCAUAACCUCCUAAACGAAAGAGCCGAGAAAGAAGAAAAGCUAUUAAAUUCGUUCAAGGCAUAUUCGUAUGUGGAGACGAUCAUCACAUCAUCAUCACGAUCAUCGGGCGACGAUGAAGAAAGCAAAAACAAAAGGCCAACCAAGUUGUACAAACCCCAAACCCCGAUGGAAAUCGUACGAAACGGAACAGAAAGACAGGCCGCCGCAGCCGACGCCGCCGGGACUUGGGAGACUGGAUGGAAACCUUGUACAUACAACACUUUAGCUUCAAAACUUUCACUUUCACUGCCUGCGACGCUGCGUCGAUUUGUAUUUUUAAGACAGUGUUUUUUUUGUUGUUUCUUUUUCUUUUUGCCAAAGACCACAAGUGGAUGACGGGGAGCGGCAGCGGGUUGCGGGUGGAGGGAACGAUGUGAGAGAGAGAGACUUGGGUUCGCGAGACUCUUAUGCAGAUUUUGUGGCGCAAAAAGAAGAAGAAACUUUGUAGAGAUCGGAUAGAGAUUGAACUACGAAAUGAACCUAUAAUAUACUACUAUACCUGUACUAUAUCUACAGAUCUACCGAGUAUAUCUAGCUAUAUCUACAGAUCUAC